CGCCGAUAAAGUUGGACCGGAGUUGCAGCAAAAGUUUUGAGUUUCAGGAUUAACCGUUUGCUCUUCAGACGGUCUGUGGGGCUGUUCUCAAGCCUGGGUCUUCACAAGAUGGCACCGACUAACCUCACUCAUCAAUUCUCUUCGGAAGCGGGCUGCAGAAGUCCGUUAGAGUCCGAGCUUCGUGCAGUGCUGCAGCAAAGGAUUAUGGUCCUGGACGGUGGGAUGGGAACCAUGAUCCAGCAGCAUAAGCUUGAAGAGGAGGACUUUAGGGGGGACGAGUUUAAAGAGCACAAGUUUCCACUGAAGGGCAACAACGACCUUCUCAGUAUCACACAGCCCGAUAUAAUUUACAAAAUACACAAGGAGUACCUGCAGGCCGGGGCGGAUAUCAUCGAGACCAACACAUUCAGCAGCACUUCCAUCGCUCAGGCAGACUAUGGACUGGAACACAUGGCUUAUCGUCUCAACAGGGUGUCCGCGGAGCUGGCAAGGAAAGCAGCUGAUGAUGUCUCCAGACAAAGCGGUUGUAAACGCUAUGUGGCUGGGGCAGUGGGUCCCACCAAUAAAACCCUGUCUGUAUCGCCGUCUGUGGAGAGACCGGACUUCAGGAACAUCACUUUUGAUGAGCUAGUAGAAGCCUACUCAGAGCAGGUCAGAGGUUUAUUAGACGGAGGAGCAGACAUACUUCUGGUUGAAACCAUCUUCGACACUGCCAAUGCUAAGGCUGCCUUGUUCGCCAUCGACCUGCUGUUUGAAAAGAACUAUGAAAGAAAACCUAUAUUUAUCUCAGGGACCAUUGUAGACCGGAGUGGACGAACUCUGUCUGGUCAGACAGGGGAGGCCUUUGUAGUGAGUGUAUCCCAUGCAAAACCUCUAUGUAUCGGUCUGAACUGUGCCUUGGGGGCGACAGAGAUGCGACCAUUCAUUGAGACCAUUGGAAAAAGCUCCACAGCUUUCAUUAUCUGUUAUCCUAACGCAGGUCUUCCCAACACAUUCGGAGAAUAUGAUGAAACUCCAGAAGUAACAGCCUCCAGUUUAAAGGAGUUUGCUACAGAUGGACUCGUGAACAUUGUGGGAGGCUGUUGUGGGACCACUCCAGGACACAUCAGAGCUAUAUCUGAAGCAGUCAGACACUGCCAGCCAAGAGCUCCUGCUGCUGAUAUUUAUCAAGACUACUUGCUUCUCUCAGGUUUAGAGCCGUUCAGGAUUGGCCCUUAUACCAACUUUGUAAACAUUGGCGAGCGAUGCAACGUGGCCGGGUCACGCAAGUUUGCCAAGCUGAUCAUGGCAGGAAACUAUGAGGAGGCACUAAGCAUUGCUAAGGCCCAGGUGGAAAUGGGAGCCCAGGUGCUGGAUAUAAACAUGGAUGAGGGGAUGCUGGAGGGGCCAACCGCCAUGGCCCGAUUCUGUAACUUCAUCGCCUCUGAGCCAGACAUUGCACGGGUUCCUUUGUGCAUCGACUCCUCUAACUUCUCAGUGAUUGAGGCUGGGUUGAAGUGCUGCCAGGGGAAGUGUAUAGUCAACAGCAUCAGUUUGAAGGAAGGAGAGGAAGAGUUCCUGCUCAGAGCUGCUACCGUGAAGCGCUACGGAGCCGCCGUGGUGGUCAUGGCCUUUGAUGAGGAGGGACAGGCCACAGAAACUGACCGCAAAGUGGAGAUCUGCAGUCGAGCCUACAAGCUGCUGGUCAGCAAAGUGGGAUUUGACCCCAACGACAUCAUCUUCGACCCCAACAUCCUCACCAUCGGUACGGGCAUGGAGGAACACAACGAGUACGCUGUCAACUUCAUCAGGGCUACCAAGCUUAUCAAGGAAACUUUACCAAGAGCCAGAGUGAGCGGAGGUCUGUCCAACCUGUCCUUCUCCUUCAGAGGAAUGGAGGCCAUCAGAGAGGCCAUGCAUGGAGCAUUUCUUUACCACGCUAUCAAGGAUGGUAUGGAUAUGGGGAUAGUGAAUGCCGGAAACCUGCCGGUGUAUGACGACAUCGACAGAGAGCUGCUGCUGCUGUGUGAAAACCUCAUCUGGAACAGAGACGCCGAUGCCACUGAGAAAUUACUGGCCUAUGCACAGAACAAUGUGAAAGGAGGGAAGAAGGUGGUUCAGACAGAUGAGUGGAGAGAAGGAAGCGUGGAGGAGAGGCUGGAGUACGCUUUAAUCAAGGGAAUAGAUAAGUAUGUGGUGGAGGACGUGGAGGAGUGUCGCACUCAGGCUGAGCGCUACGCUCGACCCCUUCACAUCAUUGAGGGCCCCCUUAUGAACGGCAUGAAGGUGGUGGGAGAUCUCUUUGGAGCUGGGAAGAUGUUCCUGCCACAGGUGAUCAAGUCGGCUCGUGUUAUGAAGAAGGCUGUGGGCUAUUUGAUUCCUUUCAUGGAGAAGGAGAGGGAGGAGAUGAUGGCAUCAUCGGGCUCAACGGAGGAGAUGGAUCCCUAUCAGGGCACCAUCGUUCUGGCUACGGUGAAGGGAGACGUCCAUGACAUUGGCAAGAACAUCGUGGGUGUGGUGCUGGGUUGCAACAACUUCAGAGUCAUUGACCUGGGGGUGAUGGUUCCCUGUGAUCAGAUCCUCAGAGAGGCCAUCGCACAGAAAGCAGAUAUCAUUGGCUUGUCUGGUCUCAUCACCCCGUCUCUCGAUGAGAUGAUCCACGUGGCCAAAGAGAUGGAGAGACUGGGAAUGGCAACACCACUGCUGAUUGGAGGAGCCACCACGUCAAAGACACACACAGCAGUGAAGAUCGCCCCUCGCUACAGCUGUCCUGUCAUCCAUGUCCUGGACGCCUCCAGGAGUGUGGUGGUGUGUUCCCAGUUGCUGGAUGAGACCGUGAGGGAGGAGUACUUUGAUGAUUUGAAAGAGGAGUAUGAGGAGAUCAGGCAGGAGCACUAUGACUCUCUGAAGGAUCGUCGGUAUCUGUCUCUUUCCCAGGCCAGAGAAAAGGCUUUACGUAUAGACUGGCUCUCUCUGCCCAGACCAGUGCGUCCUCAGUUCUUGGGCACCCGGGUGUUCGAGUGUUACAGCCUGAGCAGUCUGGUGGACUUCAUCGACUGGAAGCCUUUCUUCGAUGUGUGGCAGCUGAGAGGAAAAUACCCCAACAGAGGUUACCCCAAGAUCUUCAAUGACAAGACCGUGGGUUCGGAGGCUCGUCGAGUCUUCGAUGACGCUCAGCGGCUGCUCAACCAGAUGAUUGCCAGCAGCAAGCUGAGGGGUCAGGGCCUGGUGGGAUUCUGGCGUGCCCAGAGCGACGGCGAUGACAUCAAUGUGUACAAAAAUGACGUCACAGUGCACAGAGACACCGAGCCCAUUGCCACGUUCCACGGCUUACGGCAACAGGUGGAGAAGGACAGCUCCAGUUCAGAGCCCUACCUGUGUGUGUCUGACUUCGUGGCCCCCGUAGACAGCAGCGUGGCAGACUACAUCGGCGUGUUCGCUGUGGGUGUGUUUGGAGCUGAGGAGCUGAGUCAGCAGUUCCAGGCGCAGGGAGACGACUACAGCAGCAUCAUGGUCAAAGCCCUGGCCGACCGCCUGGCCGAGGCGUUUGCUGAGGAGCUCCAUGCUCGCGUGCGUAAGGAGCUGUGGGGCUAUAGUGCCGAAGAAUCUCUGCAGGCCUCAGACCUCCAUAGGAUUCGAUACCAGGGAAUCAGACCUGCAGCCGGCUACCCCAGCCAGCCCGACCACACUGAGAAGACCACUAUGUGGAGCCUGGCUGGUAUACAGGAAAAGACUGGUAUUGGUCUGACAGAGUCCCUGGCCAUGACGCCUGCUGCCUCUGUGUCCGGACUUUACUUCUCCAACCCUCAGGCCUCGUACUUUGCUGUGGGGAAGAUCACCAAGGAGCAGGUGGAGGACUACGCUAGGAGGAAAGAGAUAAGUGUGGAGGAGGUGGAGAGAUGGCUGGCUCCUAUACUGGGUUACGACAGCGAGGCGUAGAGCGUGACGGCUCCAGCAGCCGGCUGCACCACAGAGGGAUCAGGAGCGGGGCCGAACUCACCGAGAACCAGGUUUACAAUCCAACCAUUCCACUGUGGCUCACACGGGUUCUUACUGGUGCUGCUCAAACUGGGAUUCACCGACGUCCCACAGUAUAUAUUUUUUUAACUUCUGGACAAACACACUACGCCUUAUCAUUUUAACAUGUUCUACUGUAUGUUUCAGAAUGGGUCAGGGUUUGUUUUUUUUGUUUUGUUUUUAGUGGUACAGCCUCACACAUAGGGGGAAAACAGUUGCAUAUUAAUGCCUCUCCAGCCGUGCUGCACGAUCAAGCCGAAGCGAUCACAUCACAGUUAUUUUGCUUGUUGUGGAUAUUAUUAUUUUCUCUCUUUCAUCCCCGGCUGGGCUGGAUGUUGUUCAAGGUCAGUCUCUGUCAGUGCCAGUAUGAUUCCUGACGCUUGGUGAUGCGUUCAUUUUGCUGAUUAUAACAAUAUUUUUUUAAAUGAUUUUGUUCCUUUUAUGAGGCAAGUUUCUUACAUCAGCGUUUAAGUUAUUUUAAAGGAAUAGUUCCAACACUUUGGAAAACGUACUGUCUGGGUGCUAAGUACAGCGCUGGAUGUCUGGAUGUCAGACACAGAAAUGAACCUACCAACACAUCUGAAGCUGAUUAACGGGAUUUAACUGAGAAGAAAUGAAAAGAAAUGUUGAUGGACAAGAGUUUAUCCAUCUGCCCAGAACUUCAGUGUCACAUCUCUGCCUCUGUUUUGGUCACCGUACAAGCACUGUGGUACAAAACCUGACAACCUCACUGUGAUGACAAGAGUCCAGGAAGUGCACCUGGCUGUCAGUUUGUGUUAAUCUGUGAUCUUUGGUGGUGUUGGCUGGUGUAUAGAACUUUGGAGAGCACCGGGCUAGCUGUGUGUACCUGCUUCCAGUCUGUACGCUAAGCUAGGCUAACCACAUCCUGACUCCAGCUCCGUACCUAACGCAUCCACACCCAUCUCCGUAUCCGUGAAUGUGUGGCUGGUAUUGUUUUCACCUUGUGAGUCUGUGUCUGUGUCAUUAAAGGCAAAAUGUGUGGUGCUGGACACACUUACUGUGACAGGAACUAACUGGGCAGAUGUUUGACCGACUGUCAGGACAAGAUGUUGUUACUGCAAUAGCAUCUAGAAACUUUACAGGUGUGUAGUUGAAAGCCAAAUCACAGACUGUAUCCCAGUUUGGAUGAUCCCUGUCCACUCUAAGACACUGGGUAAAACUACAGACCAUCUUGAGAUGGGAUCACUGCAGCCACACACCUGUCGGUAAUGUAGUAAUGACCACUGAGCACUCGUGGUUGUGCCUAGGUUGUCAUGUUGACAGGGUGUUGCAGUAGUCAGUACUCUGCCUUUAUUUGGAUCACAGCUACACACCUGUGAAGAUUCAUGACUGUGUCUUGCACAGUUGUGAUGCUAAUGUGGUAACAAAAUCUGUCCUCAGACAGACUUGACUGACUUAAUGUGGAAGCUCUCCUUGCAAUAGGUGUCCCCAGGACCACAUUUUACCAGGAUGACACGCACACAGACUCACAAGGUGAAAACAACACUAGCCACACUUGUCGCUGCUGGUAACAAUUAUGAUUAAAAUCAGGAAACAUCUGAUCAAAGAAUCAGUGAACAACACUAAGAAUCUGCUCUUACAUUCAGUUCCAGUUCAUUCAAACAAAAUCACAUUUACUGAUGUAAGCUCUGCAAACAUGCUUUAUAAAUGUUAUUGACUUCAUUUAAGUUUGAAAUUUUUAUGUGGAAUGGAAAAUUUGGGUCUUUGCAUACCGUUUGUAUUUAAGUUGUUAAUUAAAAAAAAAAAUAUUGUUCUUAUGUAGUUUGCAUCAGCAUUUGUUUGGAGGCUGUUGUGAACUUUUAAUACUCUUAAUACUUACCUCAGUUUCAGUGGUUGACAACUUCAUAGGCACAUUCAGUCACUCAAAAACAGUAUUCCAUUGUCGUACUUUGUUCAUGUUACAUUGAAGAUCUGUGUUAAAGAGCUGCAACCAGUGUGUUAUAGCAGGAGACUAACACACUGUGGAAACAUGGACAGGAGAAUUUUAAUAAAAAAGCCUUUUGUUAGGAGCAACUUCCCAGCAGCUGAAAGUCUUGUUUUUGUUGACCUCCAGUGGUUUAACUUCCCAGCAGGCUCUAGUGAUGUGGAAGUGUACUAUAAUUGUGUGUCAGUACACCGUGAUAUCACCAUGUUGUGGGUGUGGUUACAGGCAGUGCAGUCAGGUGAACUUUAAGCCUGACAGAGCAGUAAAGUUCUGUGUUCCAGCUUCUGUAAAAAUCCUUUUGUUGCGUCAUU